UUUUUACAGCUGCUGUUGGUGGCGUCUUUCUCUCAGGCUGAGGAGUUGGUGUGCAGGCAGAGAGGGGAUCCUGAGAACCCUCAGCUAUCUAACGAUGGGGACAUUAUGCUGGGGGGAAUCUUUUCUUUCCACAGCAGCUGGAAAGACAGACAGGAUACCUACAUGCAUGAACCAUUGCCACUGGAAUGCAGCAGUUUGAAUUUCAGAGGGUUCCAGUUUGCCCAGGCUAUGCUUUUUGCCAUUGAGGAGAUUAAUAACAGCACAGACCUACUGCCUAGCAUCUCUCUGGGCUACAAAAUGUAUGAUGCUUGUGGCUCCAUUGCCAGAAGUGUGAGGGUUGCACUGGCCUUGGCCAACGGUAAUGAAAUUGAAUCUGCACCCUCUGAUGCACCAUGUACCAGACCUGCACAAGUGCAGGCCAUUAUGGGAGAAACCUCUUCCUCUCCCUGCAUGGCAAUAGCUACUGUCAUCGGACCUUUUCAUAUCCCAAUGAUCAGCCACUUUGCCACCUGUGCUUGUCUCAGUGACAAAACCAAGUACCCAUCCUUCCUCAGAACAAUACCCAGUGACUACUAUCAGAGCAGAGCUCUGGCCCAGUUGGUCAAGCACUUUGGUUGGACUUGGGUUGGAGCCAUUAGAACCAAUGAUGAUUAUGGUAAUAAUGGCAUGGCUACAUUCACAGAAACAGCACAGCAGCUGGGCAUCUGUCUGGAGUACUCAGUGUCUUUCUUUAGAACAGAUCCACCAGACAAAAUACAAAAGAUAAUUGACAUUAUCAAGGCUUCCACCUCCAAAGUGAUUGUUGCUUUCCUCUCCCACAUGGACAUGGAUGUGUUAAUACAUGAGUUGUCCAACUACAACAUGACUGGGUACCAGUGGGUAGGUAGUGAGGGCUGGAUCUUUGAUUCCCAAACUGCAAAAAUGGAUAAGCAUCACAUUCUGGAUGGUGCCAUAGGCCUCUCCAUUCCCAAAGCACAUGUCAGCGGCAUGAGAGAGUUCAUACUCGAUGUGAAACCACUCAAUUCAUCUAGUAAUGAAAUGUUUACAGAGUUCUGGGAGACGUUAUUCAGCUGUAAGUUCAAGCAGUCAAAGUCAUCAGCAGGGAAUCAGAGAGAAUGUACUGGACAUGAGGAUCUGACUGGAGUGCAUAACAGCUUCACUGAUAUGUCACUCAUGCCUAUAUUCAACAAUGUCUACAAAGGAGUGUAUGCUGUGGCCCACGCACUUCAUAGUAUUCUUGGCUGUAAUGAAACAUGUAACAACAAGGUGAAGCUAGAUCCGUUCAUGAUUUUACAGCGUAUAAAAAACAUUCAAUUCAAAACAAAGGAAGGAGAUGAAGUUUACUUCAAUGAGGAUGGAGACCCAGCAGCAAAGUAUGAAAUUAUAAACUGGCAGCCAACAGAAAAUGGCAUUGUUAACUUUGUCACAGUUGGUCUUCAUGAUGCAUCUUUACCUGCAGACAAACAGCUGAAUCUGCAAAAUAAGUCUUUAAUUUGGGCACAGAACUCAGAACAGGUGCCUGUGUCAGUUUGCAGUGAGAAAUGUCCCGCAGGAACUCGCAAGGUUCUCCAGAAAGGAAAGCCUGUCUGCUGCUAUGACUGUAUCAGAUGUGCAGAGGGAGAAAUAAGCAAUAUUACAGAUUCUAUCACCUGUGUGCGAUGCCACCCAGAGUUCUGGUCAAAUGAAAGAAGAGAUGCCUGCGUAAAGAAAGAGGCAGAGUUUCUAUCAUAUGAAGAAAUUAUGGGAGCAUUGCUCACUGCAGCAUCCCUGUUUGGAACAUGUAUGACUGCUGUUGUGGCAUUUGUUUUUUUCAGAUACAGGAAAACUCCUAUUGUGAGGGCCAACAAUUCUGAGCUGAGCUUCCUGCUGCUCUUCUCCUUGACCCUGUGUUUCCUGUGUUCUCUGACCUUCAUCGGCCGGCCCUCUGAGUGGUCCUGCAUGCUGCGACACACUGCGUUCGGCAUCACCUUUGUCCUCUGUAUCUCUUGUGUUCUGGGGAAAACUAUAGUGGUGUUAAUGGCCUUCAGAGCUACACUUCCAGGCAGUAAUAUAAUGAAGUGGUUUGGGCCUGCACAGCAGAGACUCAGUGUUCUGGCUUUCACUCUCAUACAGGUUGUUAUAUGUAUCUUGUGGUUAACAAUUUCUCCUCCUUUUCCAUUGAAGAAUUUUAAGGAAUUCAAGGACAGAAUCAUCUUAGAGUGCGCUCUGGGCUCAGCUGUAGGUUUUUGGGCUGUACUUGGUUACAUAGGACUUCUGGCCAUGUUAUGUUUUUUUCUUGCUUUUCUGGCUCGGAAACUGCCUGAUAACUUUAAUGAAGCCAAGUUUAUCACCUUCAGCAUGCUGAUAUUCUGCGCAGUCUGGAUCACUUUUAUUCCAGCGUAUGUCAGCUCUCCUGGGAAGUUCAGUGUUGCUGUAGAAAUAUUUGCUAUUCUGGCCUCUAGUUUUGGACUUCUCAUUUGUAUUUUUAUUCCAAAAUGUUACAUUAUCUUACUGAAGCCAGAGAAGAAUACAAAAAAGAAUAUGAUGGGGAAGGUGGCACCAAAAUUAUUCUGA